UUCUCAUAUUUCAAGAGUGGUCCUGCAGACAAGACCACCACAGCAGCAGCAGACCACAUGGUGCUCCGGCGUCUGGGGAUCUGAGGUGUCCAAGGAGGCUGGCACUUCUCCAGACUGGCAUCUUCAUCCUUGCCCUCCAUCUUCCCUGCCGUUUCUCCUCCAUUUUUCUUUCCUUCGCUUUCCAACUCGGACGUUUUCAGUAAAUAAUAUGCUAACUAGUUUGCAGUAAACAGAGGAACCGAAAAACCACUGGAAGUAGACUGACCACACUGUCUGGAGUUUUCACCUGGUCCUUGGCUAAGUGUCAUUCACCUUCUGAGAGCUGUGCCCCCCCUCCCAUGCUGAAGGAGAGAGUCCCUAUCAGCCUGAUGUCAUCAGUCGUAGCCCCAGAAAAAAACCUGUCCAAUGCCAUGGGCCCCCAAGAGGUGGAGCUGGUCCUCGUGAAGGAGCAGAAUGGGGUCCAGUUCACCUCCACCACCCUUGUGGCCCCACCCGCCACCCAGACCAACCCCAGCGGCGAGGAGGAACGGGAGACCUGGGGCAAGAAAAUUGACUUCCUGCUGUCCGUGAUCGGAUUUGCCGUGGACCUCGCCAACGUCUGGCGGUUCCCUUACCUGUGCUACAAAAAUGGCGGAGGAGCAUUCUUGGUGCCGUACCUGUUCUUCAUGGUGAUAGCGGGCAUGCCCCUCUUCUAUAUGGAGCUGGCUUUGGGACAGUACAACAGAGAGGGGGCAGCGGGGGUCUGGAAAAUAUGUCCCAUAUUCAAAGGUGUAGGAUUCACUGUGAUCCUCAUUUCACUCUAUGUUGGCUUCUACUACAACGUCAUCAUCUCCUGGGCGCUCUUCUACCUCUUCUCCUCCUUCACUGGCGAGCUCCCGUGGGUGCAUUGCAACAACACAUGGAACAGCCAGAACUGCUCCAACUGGGCCGACAACAGCAGUGACAUUUACAAGACCACCCCGGCUCAAGAGUACUUUGAGCGAGGAGUCCUCCAUAUUCAAGACAGCAAUGGCAUCGACGAUUUGGGUCGACCACGUUGGCAGCUGACGUCCUGUCUGGCUGUGGUCAUCGUCCUGCUCUACUUCAGCCUAUGGAAGGGAGUCAAGACCUCUGGCAAGGUCGUGUGGAUCACAGCCACCAUGCCCUAUCUGGUCCUGACCGUGCUGCUGAUCCGAGGAGUCACCCUGCCCGGAGCCAAAGAUGGCAUUAAGGCCUACCUGUCCGUAGACUUGCUGAAGCUCUGUGAUGCCAAGGUUUGGAUCGAUGCCGCCACGCAGAUCUGUUUCUCGCUGGGAGUCGGGUUUGGUGUGCUAAUCGCCUUUUCCAGCUACAACAAAUUCAGCAACAACUGUUACAGGGAUGCCAUCAUCACAACUUCUAUCAACUCUUUAACCAGCUUCUUCUCUGGCUUUGUGGUCUUCUCCUUCCUGGGCUAUAUGUCCUACAAGCACAAUGUCCCCCUGGAUAAGGUUGCUAGAGAUGGGGCUGGAUUAGUGUUUGUUAUUUACCCAGAAGCCAUUGCAACAUUGCCUGGGUCAUCAGUGUGGGCAGUAAUCUUCUUCAUCAUGCUGCUGACGCUGGGCAUCGACAGUGCUAUGGGUGGGAUGGAGUCUGUCAUCACGGGGCUGAUUGAUGAGUUCAAAUUCCUCCACAAGCACCGAGAACUGUUUACCCUCUUCAUCGUGGUCGCCACCUUCCUCAUCUCACUCUUCUGUGUCACCAAUGGUGGGAUGUAUGUGUUUACGCUGUUGGACCACUAUGCGGCAGGGACAUCCAUUCUGUUUGGAGUGCUUAUUGAAGCCAUUGGGAUUGCGUGGUUUUACGGAGUGGACCGUUUCAGUGACGACAUCGAGGAGAUGAUUGGUCAGAGGCCUGGCAGAUACUGGAGGCUUUGCUGGAAGUUUGUAAGCCCGUGCUUUCUCCUGUUCAUGGUGGUAGUGAGCUUUGCGACGUUCAACCCCCCCAACUACGGCUUCUACAUUUUCCCCCCCUGGGCGAACGCGCUGGGAUGGUGUCUGGCCAUCUCCUCCAUGACCAUGGUGCCACUUUACGCCUUCUAUAAACUUUGUACCCUGCCUGGAAAGUUUUGUGAUAGACUGGCUUAUGCCAUCACCCCAGAGACAGAGCACCAUUUGGUCGACAACGGGGAAGUUCGUCAGUUCAGUCUUCACCACUGGCUGGUUGUCUGAGCGCCAAGAUAGCUUUAAAGUCAGGAUGAGGAGAGGAGCGUUGGAUGCUUGCACAGCAAAGGUCUGAAGAGCAAGAAGCUGCGGAGUUUAGAAGUGCCAGAAAAAAAGUUGUAAGAAAUUGUAGUGUGAUUUCAUUUCAACUGUGCACGUGUGAAGCUGUGUAAACCCGUUCUGGUUUGACAUUGCACUUGUAAUCGUGAACUUAUAUCAUCAGUAGAGCCAGUCAAGUGAGGGGGUGUCCAAAAUGUGGUCGGGAGGCCGUUGGCAGUUUUGGGUUUGUAUUUCAGUCACCCAUUCAAAAAGCUUCAUUUCAUAAUAAAAAGGCGUUAUGACCUUUUGGGGAUCAAGUCCUAAUAGAAGAGAAAAUUAUGCCUGUAUCGAAUUUAUUCCAUCCAUCCGUGUCUUCUUUUAACGACUGUUAACGACUGCGGUCAUCUUUGUUUACAUGUCAAGUAUUAACAGGAGCGCAAGUCUAUAAACGAUAUAGGCCGGCUUUAGUAACGAUCCAAAAGAGCUGGUUGAAAUAAUCAUAAAAAUAAUUAACAUGAGUCAUCAAUAUGAAGGAGGCCAACACUAAUCCCGUAAUCCCGUUGGAUUUGAGAAUAAAGCUUUGAAAGCUUCUAUAGAAAUAUGAUCAUAUGAUCGGAAUAUCAUUGUGAUACGAGAAUGUGCUUACUUCAAAUAACGACGUUGAGGAUCUUGUCAAGUCGCACAUCGUUGUCGUCAUCCACACGAGUCGAUGUUCCGUACGAGCAGUUCAAGGUACUUUGGCAAAGUGCCGUGUACAGUAGUUGAUCUGCACUGAUGAAUAACUAAUUAAUAACUAAUUAGCCCAACUGCUGCUGUACACCAGCAAAGAUUUGCCGAUUGAUACAUUUUCCUUGGAAGCGAUGAAGCUAAAUGUCAUUCCGGUGUAACCUUGACUGGACCACAAUAUCUUCCUUUUUAUUCUUAGUGUUUACAUCUUCUGUCGCUGACUUGACAGAUGUCACAUUUCAAUCAAUAAAGGCAAUAUUCUUUCAUUUGACUUCAUUCAAGACUGUUUCCAAGCUGCUGUUUGACCUGCAUAUGGUGUGUAAUGUCCGUUCCAAGAUGUAAAUAUACUACACAUACGCUAGUAUAUUGUGUGUGUGAGGUUGUGUAUUGUAGAGCCAUUCUUUGUAUUCUAUGAUCGUGCCAAGAUGGACCAACCAUCCAUGACAUUCACAGUCCAGUAAAAGUGGUUGUUGCUGUGGAGUUGAUGCAUAGUGGGGAUGUUCACACGUGACGUUCCACACAAACGUUUGUGUGAGCAAACAUAACCAAGCCCUUUGCAGAUGAGUCGCCAUUGUGGUGCAGUCAACGUAUGGCAGGCUAGCUAGCCCUGCUAUAGCCCCGCUAUAGCCCCGCCCCCAACUGUAUGCCUGUGCUGCUGUAUUGUGCCUUGUGCUCUUUCACGUGUC